AUGUCUGAAAAUAUACAGAACCCUACCAAUGAUGAGAAUGAAAUGGAUGUUGAUGUUCAAGAUGACGAAGUUUUUAAUGAUAACACUGAAGGAAACGGAGCUCAAAAUUCUGUAAACAAUAAUGGUGAAGGUGAUGAAGAAGAAAAAGAAGAUGGCGAAGGUGCAUCAAAGCCAAAUCUAACGGCGCCUGAAUUACCAGAAUUCACAAGAAAGGAUAAAACAUUGCAUGAAAUCUUGGAGAUGAUGGAAGAUUAUUAUCCAAUUAUACCAGAUGCUGUGACGGAUUACUACCUUGCUAAAAAUGGUCUAGAUUGUGAAGAUACAAGAAUAAAGAGAAUACUGGCACUAGCCACACAAAAAUUCAUAUCAGAUAUAGCCACAGAUGCCUAUGAGUACUCCCGUAUAAGAUCUUCAUCAGCUGUUUACAACUCAAGUAACCCUCAAGUCAGAGCAAAGGCAUUGGUUGCUGGUAGUAGGGGUGAACAAACAUCAUCUUCAACUUCUGGUAAUAGUUCGAAAAAAGUUGUGCUUACAAUGGAUGAUCUCAGUAGUGCAUUGGCUGAGUAUGGGUUGAAUGUCAACAGACCUGAUUUUUAUCGUUAA